CUCAUCCUCCCAGGCAUAGCUGCCUCUGCCUCUGCCUCUGGGCAACUUCCCAGGGGAGCAGAAGAUGAAGUGGAAGUCGCCUAUUCUCGCCUGCAUCCUUCACGUGCAGUUCCCAGGAGCAGAGGCACAGAGCUUUGGUCUGCUGGAUCCCAAACUCUGCUACCUGCUAGAUGGCAUCCUCUUCAUCUACGGAGUCAUCGUCACGGCCCUGUACCUGAGAGCAAAAUUCAGCAGGAGUGGAGAUGCUGCUGUUUACCUGCAGGACCCCAACCAGCUCUACAAUGAGCUCAAUCUAGGGCGAAGAGAGGAAUACGAUGUCUUGGACAAGAAGCGGGCUCGGGAUCCCGAGAUGGGAGGCAAACAGAGGAGGAGGAACCCCCAAGAAGGCGUGUACAACGCACUGCAGAAAGACAAGAUGGCAGAGGCCUACAGUGAGAUUGGCACGAAAGGCGAGAGGCGGAGAGGCAAGGGGCAUGAUGGCCUUUACCAGGACAGCCACUUCCAAGCAGCCCAGAUAACAGAAAAAAGAAAGAAGGCUCAGAAGGGCCCUCGGGUUGAGACCCUGCCCCAAAGCGUGCCUACACAGUCAACCUCUUAACUUCCUUCCCAGCAGCCACAUCCUAGAAAUACUAGAGCAAACCACCUCUACAGGAGAGUAAGAAAGCCUCACUUGGCUGUAGUCUGCCCGUCAUAACUAAGUCCUGACUGUUGCUCUAACAGGUUGGAUGGGCUGGUUUUAUUUGUAUGAACUAGAUAAGGGUAAAUAAAGGUUCUACUACUAUUUUUUGCACUCCCAAGUUUCUUUCUCAGCAAGAGUAUCAAUGUUAUGCUGAGUCAUUCUACCAAUCUUCACAGAGCAGCAGGGAGGAACAAAACCACUCUCUUCCCAAAGCCAGAGUAACCAAUAAGACAGCUUCCAAACAUGAGGAAGGGGUGAGGCUGAUGAGGAGAACAGAGACGAGACGAAGUUUUCCAACCUCAGCGUUUGCUCUAUCGCCACUGAGCGUCUGGAAAGCUUAAGGAUAAGCAAUGGUAUAGCAGUGUCUUUGGUAUCAAAAUCAAAUCCCACUCAAGUUCUGUGAGAUGGGACAUGUUAAAAAAAUUAGUUCUUGAGAUAUAGUUUAUAUUAGAACUCAGGGAGCCGAGAAAGUCUGUCCCAGAAUGAGGGCAGAAAUGUUUUUAAUUUCUUCCUAAACCAACAUAAUUUCUCAUUUACAUUUCCCACAAGAAAGAACAACUUUUCUUCCAUCUCAUCACCCAAUCCUUAAAUGCCCCACCUUAUUACAGGCGCCAAGCGUGUGGUUAGCUUUCAACUUAUGUUGGCUUUCAACUUCUUGGCUUGGUUUUCUUUUGUUUGUGGUUUGGUCUAGACAAAAUUAUCCUUGGUAUAAGAAAAGGAAAUAAAGUUUUAAAAUGUUGGGCUACUACUAGCACAGCAGUCACUAACAUGGCAAAAAGAUGACUCAUUUCACCUUAAUUUUCCUAGAUCUCCAUUCCUCGGGUACACAUCCUUAUCUGUCUCUUCAUCUGCACACCUGGACAUGUGCACAGUCUUCCUUUGCCUAAGCUUUAGCUAUGUACAGAGGUCAUCAGGAGAGUCUGGCAGGUCUGGGGGUGAGGGCAUGACAGCCACAGGCAGGAAGGGUUGUAAACCUGCCCCUGGGCACCCUGAACCUACUGGAUACCCCACAUAUCACCUGCACGGUUCUGCAUACUGUGCUGCAUAACAGAUCAUAGAGAGGCCUCAAACCCCCAACCUAGUCACAGGGAAUAUCAAGUUUCCUUUGGCAAGACAGAUAUAAA